CUUGCAACCCAUACACUCUCCCUCUCCCCCGUAUCUCCUCCUCGAAAUAUAACCGUUUGCUCUACUGCUUCCCCCAAACCCUAGUAAGAAUUUCGGCUGAUUUCCUCUGUUUUUAAGUGAUUUAUUUAUCUUCGUUUCAAGUAUCUUUGUAGUCUUGCCGAAUCUUCAUGGAUUUCUUGUUUAAUCUUUUGUAUUGUUCAUGUACCCAUUUGAUGAAUAGUAGAAUACACCUUUUGUGUAUAAUUCCACUCGUUCUUGCUUAUUAGAGAUUUUAAGAGCAUUUAUGAUGAGUGUAAUUGCGUAAAUCGUAUUUAAGAUUUAAAAUAAUUAGUUUAUCUAUGAGAGCCAGCGGUUACAUCUUCGUAUAAUGAUUACCAACGGCUGUAUUGAUUAAUUUUACCCUCUUAAUCGUGUUUUAGGUUGUUAGUAUAUCUACAGUUGCAGACAUAGGAUUUCUUUCUUCUUUGUUUGAAGUUUAAACGCAAUCUUUUUCUAAAAAUAUCGAUUACUUAUUACAGAAUCUUCUUUUAGUUCAAUUUUUUUUUUUUUUUUUUAUGAACUUAGCCUCAAACUGAAGCUUCAACCUAAAAAUGGCGUGCCCGGAGAAGAUACCUCAGCCUGUCAUAUCCACAAAACGGCCGUUUGGUGAUUCUGAUGACUGUAAACUUGACGAAUUCAGAAAAACUAAAAUGGUGAUGCGGAAGUAUCCCCCUCAUAAGAUCAGAGGAGCAGAGGCAGUCCGUGAUUUCCCUCCUGAUUGUGGAAUCUUAUUGGAUUCUCUUGCGAGUAAAGUAGAGAAGAAUCCAUUGAAGAAAUUAGAUAAUGUUGAAUCAAACAUUGAGAACGUGACCUCCCAUGGUAAGGAUAAGAUGGUGAAAUCUCAGCCUUUUGAAGAUAAUAAACUCAAUAGCUGCUUUAAACCUGAAGGAUUAGGGUUCAAGAAACCUUCUUUUGGCUCAAGACCUUCUGGUAAAGUGAAAUUUGGGAAUCCCAUGGAACAACAUCCUAUUUGUGGAAUCAUGCAAGAAAGGAAGCCUUUCAAGAAAUUAGACAAUGUUGACUCAAAGUCAAUGGAGUGUUGUCAUCGUUUGGAGAAUACCAAACGCAAUAGCUUCAAAUCUAAAGAAUCAGGGAUCAGCAAACCUUUUGGUUCAAGGUCAACUGGUAAAGUCAAAUUUUGGGAUCCUAGGAUCCCAUCUUCAAAUGACGAUAAUGCCCCAAAAGCAAAAGACACCAACUUUAUCGGAUCACGAAAUGAACAAAUUAGACGUGAAAAGAUCCGUGAGACAAUGAUCUUGUUUGAAACAAUUUACACUCAGUUAUUACAAGAUAACGGAUCAAAACAAAAGGGAGAAAAGAGAGCUAUUUGGAUACUACCCAUGGAGGCUGCAAAGAUAGUCAAACAAAAGCUAAAAUGGAUGAAUGUUGACAAGACAUUAGGUGAAAUCCUCGGUGUCCAACCUGGCGACAUGUUCCGAUUUAGGUCACAGCUUCAUAUAGUAGGUCUUCAUUGUCAACCACAUUGUGGUAUAGAUUACACAAGCAUUAAUGAGAAGAAUCUUGCUAUAAGUAUAGUUAACUCUCAUCGUUACUCAAACGAAAGUCAAUCUUGUGAUGUGCUUACUUAUUGUGGUGAAGGUGGUGGUGGGGGCGGGUGCUUUGGGUAUAAGCCACAGGUGCCGCCGCCUGAUGAUCAAAAACUUGAAAGAGGUAAUCUUGCUUUGAAGAACAGUAUGAUUGAGAAAAAUCCUGUUAGGGUGAUUAGGAAAGUUUUUGGAGUUGGAAACAACAACAAUGUGUUUGUGUAUGAUGGAUUGUACACCGUGGAGCAUUGUACACAAAAAAGAGGUUCAGAAGGGAAGUUGGUGUUCAUGUUUGAAUUGCAUAGAGUGCCUGGCCAACCUCAUUUUCAGCAAAGGGUCAACGCUAUACCAAGUAAUUUCGUUUUAUACCAUCAUACCACCUUUCAAAUGCUUUAGUGAUUAACUAUAUAUAGUUAGUUAUACUUAUAUGUCGUUUUCUGAAUUAUGGUUGGUAUUUUAUAUUUUUUCUUGAGAGUCUCUUAGCUGUAAUUUUGACCUAAUUUUGGCUUAGUGUUUUUCUUCGCUUUCUUUGAAUCUAUGUACAACUUGGUUGAAUUAUAUUUCCUUAUUAAGCAAGACUUUUAGAUCUAUUAUAAAUUGUAAAGUUGUAUGUAACACCCAUAAAAUUCGAGCCAUUUUAAAACUUUUUAAAUCAUUUAAAAACAAUUCAAUUAUUACAAUUUGUUUUCAAAAUAGUUUAAAUAUCAAAGUUUCUAGAAAUCAUAAUCAUCAAUCGAGGAAGUGUACGGUCACGUCUUCCCCUUCCCGCGGUCAUCCGCUGAACCUGAAACAAUAAACUGAAACUGUAAGCCCGAGAGCUUAGUGAGUCGCCCCCAAAAUACUCAUACACACAACAAUACACAUCCAUGAAAGGCUAACUGUCUCACAACUAACCUACCGGUCCCACACAAUCCACCCAUCCAUGAAACUUCCACCAACCGUGUAACACAAGUAUAUGCUAGACAUGCAUAACGUUGGACCCUAUAGACUUUCGAAUAUCCAAUCCUACACUAAGCCCCAAUCAGAUAAGAACAAUAUAUAUAAGGCCAAAUCAAACAUUCUCAGGUUAUAAGAUCUUAAUUAUGUAUAAUCGUGAUGCAUACACUAAACAACUAUAAUAAUGAUGUCAAUCUCAUAUAAAGGAAACCCUAGGCUAGCAUACAUCAUGUAAUCAGACAAUUCUAUCAUGCAAUCCCUAAAGAUCCCUAGCUUAGGGGGUGUUUGGUUUAGCUUUUUAGAGGCCAAAAGAUCUUUUUGAAAAAGUUACAAAAAUUCAGGAUUUCCUGACUUUUCCAAAAAGUUGAUUUUCCUUCUUUGCAAAAUCCAAAAGUAGCUUUUAGAAGUUUUUUGUCAAACAUCUUUCGCCUAUGAUCUUUUUCUAAAAGAACUUUUGGCCAUUCAAAAGCUAAGCCAAACACCCCCUUAGUACUAGCAUUCUGUUCUAACAUAUCACAAUAUCAAAUAACCGUAUGGUAUUCACACGAGUGUUCCUCUAAUUCACUCAAAUCAAGGCUCUGAUACCAAUUUGUAACACCCAUAAAAUUCGAGCUAAUUUAAAACUUUUUAAAUCAUUUAAACAUCAUUCAAUUAUUACAAAUUGCUUUCAAAAUAGUUUAAACAUCAGAGUUCCCAGAAAUCAUAAUCAUCAAAUCGAGAAAGUGUACGGUCACGCCUUUGCCUUCCCGCUAUCAUCUGCUGAACCUGAAACAAUAAACUGAAACUGUAAGCCCGAAAGCUUACUGAGUCACCCCCAAAUGGACACACAACAAUACACAUACAAUAACAAACAACAUAUUAUGAGUUCAAUCAUCCAUCGAGAUGGAAUACCCUAGGCCUUCAACCAUCGGGUUGGAAUGCCAACAUACCGAUACACUUCACAUAACACAUACACAAAUAACAACAUAUACUGGGUCAACAGCUUUACAGACUGAAUUACCCCCUGGGCCCACAUUGUGAAUCUGAAUUGCCUUCCGGGCCCACAACUCACAUCUGGAUUGCCACCGAGCCCACAGUACGAGUCUCCCUCUGCUCGUAUCUGGAAUGCUCCCCGGUUUGUUGGUUACCGCACGGAGCAGUAUCACCUCAACCCAUCCCUCAUAAUAUGUCGACAUAUAACACAACUAAUGCCCAUUCAGAUCUACUUCCCAGUCCCUAACUGGAGUAUUACCCGAUCCAGGAAGAUUAAUCCUUUGAGGCACUCCGAACUGAUGAGAUCACCAAGAUCCUCUGUACUCCAUCCGAUCUCUAAUAACAACUUCCGAUCAAAUCAAAAAUACACCGGAGUCUUCCACCUACUCCAACAGCAUGUUAAUUACUUGGGGACAGACCUGUUGAUUGCUAUAGUAUAGCAGCAUACUCAAUACUCGCACAUAGAUCUACAAACACAUACAGAGUCUUCAGCAUUACUGGACCGCCUCACCAGGCCUUCAGUCUAUCUGAACCACUCUCAGAACCUUAUGUCUGACUGGUACGCCCCACCGACCUUCAGUCUAUCUGAACCGCUCUAAACUAUUGAGCAUCUCCCUGGACCACCUCUCCUGGUGAUCCUUCCCAUGCAAACUGUUCUCACCCACUUGGGGUUCCGAACUCGUGACCCAUUCCGUGGACUCUAACCCCGGCCUAACCUUUAGGCCUCAUGUUGAUCGUUCACCCUCUCGAAAAUCUAUGGUCUGUUCCCUGACCCGCGUGUCUACCACAUAUGAUAAAUAACCCGCACACCCGUGCUGAAAAGUACUGUCGAGCCCUGGCGGCUAACAAAAACCCUUAAUCUCUCAAUCCAAAAACCCUCAUAGUUGAGUACACCCUCGACCGAAUACUCGAACUGAACUCAAUUCCUGACUAGAACUCCAACCUGUUUCCCCAACUUCCGUUAUCAAGCACCAAGAAGACGUGUUCCUUAUGCUGGGGAGUUUUACCGAACCCUCAAUCAACACAAUCCUCAAACCAAACAGUCAUUUGGGCAUCCAUUCUCCCUGUCGGGUUGUGAAACUUAUUCCCGUUUUGACACCUCUCCUGCUUCUGCAUCCCGGGCUAGCUCUCCCCCACUUAGAUUUGAUUAAGCCUUCAUAAUACAUGAAAAUUGGAGGAUUCUAAAUCCUUCUCACUUCCCAACAAUCGAUCCGAUGACAACUAACUCUUUCUAAGUAGUGCUCCAUUAGUAGCCAAUCCCAAUUGAUCACACACUUCUAAGAACCAGAUGAACACUUCCUGAACACCAGUGAAACCGACCAUCACUAAUGCUUGAGUGACCCCACACUCAAGUCCUGAAGACCAAAAGAUAGAUGCUCCAACUAAUACCUCGGCGACGAGCUACUUUCCUUGGUGCUUUUGUCCGUCUAUCACUAAUGGUUGCUAAAGCCACUGAAUCCUGACACUGCUGAAUAACCCUUUUGUGGGACCCUAUCCGCAAACUUCCCAUAUAAUACCCCUUUUCCAAAGGUGCUCUAAACAAGUUUCCCACUCUCGGCUCUAAAAAUCAUUCUCUUCAGGGUUCGUACACCGACUCACUUACCUGCUCAACGUCUACAGCUAAACCGUAGUAACUGAAACAGCCCCUGUCCUGAACCGGGCUACAGCUACUCCCAAGACAUAAUCUACGAUCCAAAAAGUGUCAUAGACCGCACAAUCAAUACUUACCGUCCGAUACAAGAGAUCCAAGGCAAACCAGACCUCACAAAUUACUUAUGCCAUAUCGACCCACCUGCGCUAAAAUAAUGUUGCCUAUCCUUGCAACCAACUGACCCUGAGUUGGAAUACAACCUGAUCCUGGGGUCAUAAGUCUGCUCACUCCUUCGAGCUCGAAAAACUGAGAGGGCACAAUCCUUGCCCUACAAAACAACAACCCAAUCCAUCAAAUAACCACUCCACUUCCAGCUGCAAAACCCCAGCUGAACAUAAUCAUCACUCCUUUCCGGAGUCCCUGCGACUCACAUUCCGGCCUCUAGCAAACCCCCGAGCCUCAAAUCUAGAAACUCAUAUGCUAGCCUCUCCUGCUCAACCCGCGAAAAUAUAACGAGUACAGAUCAUUUUCCUGAUCCCAGAUAACUGCAACCCUCUACUCAUCAGAAUAUGUACCAGUAGCAAGUCCCGGUACUGGAAAGCUCAACCAACUCCUCUCCCUACCGUCGUUACAGCUGUUGAAGCUGCUGCGGCAGCCGUCUCAGCAAUGGCUGCAUGGCGCUCAACAAAAUACUCAACCAUGGCGGUCUUGAACGAACCAAUCAUCUCCUGAAUCUGUCUCCAAACGAUCUCGAUCACCUCCUCCCGGAUAAUCUUCCUAACAUGUCCUCUGACAAUACUGGCCUAUCCUGGCUGCCAGCUCUCGAUCCUGAUCCGAAUCCGUUCUCAAAACGUCUCAAAUAAUCCAUACCAUAACAUGGGACCAACUUCCAACUAUACCCCAGGGAUUGUGACUUCCUUGCUACGCGUAUGGGUCCUGUGCUUUCAGUAGUACGGGCCCAUACUACCUACCACACCUACCCAUAUUUGUCUCAAGUAUCAUCAGUCAUCACAACGUCCUAAAAUACAUACACUUGGUGGUCGCUCAACCUCACUCCUAAAGGAAGGCUAACUGUCUCACAACUGACCUACCGGUCGCACACAAUCCACCCAUCCAUGAAACUCCCACCAACCGUGUAACACUAGUGUAUGCUAGCCAUACAUAACGUUGGACCCUAUAGAUUUUCGAAUAUCCAAUUCUACCUUAAGCCCCAAUCAGAUAAGAACAUAAUAUAAGGCCAAAUCAAACAUUCUCAGGCUAUAAGAUGUUAAUUAUGUAUAACCGUGAUGCAUACACUAAACAACUAUAAUAAUGAUGUCAAUCUCAUAUAAAGGAAACCCUAGGCUAGCAUACAUCAUGUAAUCAGACAAUUCUAUCAUGCAAUCCCUGAAGAUCCCUAACUUAGUACUAGCAUUCUGUUCUAACAUAUCAUAAUAUCAAAUAACCAUAUGGUAUUUUGGGGUCUACUUACUGGCUCUAGCUGAUCAUAUACUUCGCAUCCUCUUUUACUAAUUUUGAAAAUCAUCUUGAAAAUCUUUCCUUGAUUUGAGACUGGAUUCACAUGAGUGUUCCUCCAAUUCACUCAAAUCAAGACUCUGAUACCAAUUUGUAACACCCAUAAAAUUCGAGCUAAUUUAAAACUUUUUAAAUCAUUCAAUUAUUACAGAUUGUUUUCAAAAUAGUUUAAACAUCAGAGUUCCCAGAAAUCAUAAUCAUCAAAUCGAGGAAGUAUACGGUCACGCAUUCGCAUUCCCGCGGUCAUCCGUUGAACCUGAAACAAUAAACUGAAAUUGUAAGCCCGAGAGCUUAGUGAGUCACCCCCAAAUGGACACACAACAAUACACAUACAAUAACAAACAACAUACUAUGGGUCCAAUCAUCAAUCGGGAUGGAAUACCCCAGGCCCUCAACCAUCGGGUUGGAAUGCCAACAUACCGAUACACUUCACAUAACACAUACACAAAUAACAACAUAUACUGGGUCCACAACUUUACAGACUGGAUUACCCCCUGGGCCCACAGUGUGAGUCUGGAUUGCCUUCUGGGCCCACAGCUCACAUCUGGAUUGCCACCAAGCCCACAGUACGAGUCUCCCUCAACUCGUGUCUGGAAUACUCCCAGGUUUGUUGGUUACCGCACGGAGCAGUAUCACCUCAACCUAUCCCACAUAAUAUGUCGACAUAUAACACAACUAAUGCGCAUACAUAUAAUCACAUAAUACUACAAGUAGUCCUACACAUCCAGACUUCCAGUUCUUUCAAAACUUUUCUUUCAUUCAAGUUGUGUUUUCAAAAAAGCCCUAGCCUUCGUUUUAGCGUCUGGCGACUAGAGCAGCCAACAAUCGAACCAUUGAAGCAAGUGAGCAACCAUCGAGCAUCGACUCCGUCGACUGGAACUCUGGAAGGAAGCUCUCAAUUUUGGCGAUUCUGGAUUCGAGCAUCGAGCAUCUUCGUCUCAGCAUGGCUACUAAUGAAGGUGUAAAUAAUGUCGAUGAUCAACAAGAAGAUGGAGUUGAAGUCCCACGUGAAGGUGAUAUUGAAGAAGAAAAUAAUGCAAAACCUAAGUUACAGUCCGUUGUAUGGCAGCAUUUUCCAUAUGUUAAAGGCGCCAAAAAAGCAGAAUGCACACAUUGCAAAAAGGUUUUAGCUUGUGGAACUAGAUAGAAUGGAACCUCCUCAUUACUCGGUCAUCUAUUUAAUACUUGUAGGCGCAACCCCCUUUAUGAAGGUAAAGACAAAGAUGCAAAGAAACAAACAAAAUUAAGCUUUAAGCCAAAAGGUACCGAGGCGGGUGGGUCUUUGGCUAAGCAUUCCUUUAGCCAAGAGAAGUGUAGAUUGGCCCUUGCCAAAAUGUGCAUUAAAGACAAUCGACCGUUUAACAUUGUUGAUGAUGAGGGUUUCAAUAAAAUUCCCUAUAUUGUCUACCUUAGCUAGGCAUGUUUUGGCUAUGCCGAUAUCGACAGUUGCAUCAGAGUCGGCAUUUAGUUCAGGUGGCAGAGUUAUUGAUAAGUAUAGGAGUUUACUUAACCCCGACACCGCAGAAGUUCUAAUUUGUGCACAAGAUUGGAUAAGGUGUUCAUCAGUAGAUCGUGAGCUUGGUUGUGCUAUGAAGAGUAAAGAAAUUGAUGAAUUUAAUGAGAAGAUGGCGGGUUUAAAAAUUGAUUGAAGACAAGUAAAAAUCUUCCAAGGAUCAAGGAGAUUAUGAUUAAUGGUGGUUUAUUUUAUAUGUUUUAUUGUUGGUGAUUAAAACAUGUUUAUGCUUUUUGAUGAAGUUUGAACUUUGAUGGAUAUUAUGUUGUAUGAAGUUUAAACCAAGAUGUUGAUGACUUAAUGGUUAUGAAUUAAAAUGAAUUUAUUAAUUUCAAAA